AUGAGCGCGAUGUUCAGGGCUCCCUGGACUCGGAGGUUAUUAUCCAUGGAGUUAGAUAGUGCGCGCCGCCAUAAAGGCGAGGAAGAUAGGCUCAGCGCGUUGAGCGACGACAUUUUAAUCUCUAUCUUGGGGAGAGUCGACCUUGACAUGGCAGCAAGGACUAGCGUGCUGUCAACGCGGUGGAGAAACUUGCCGUGGUUACUUCCUGAUCUCAAACUUAAUGUCACUGACUUCCUUAGUGCCCCAUGUACAGGGGCUGCACACACUGAUCAAGCAAUGGCGUCUCUGACAAGAGCCACUAGCAGCUUCUUGGCUCAGCCCCGCAGGGAACACACCAUCUCAACACUAUGCCUCAAGCUUUAUCUCAUGGGCAACUACUCGCGUGACAUUGGCCUGCUAGUUAGCAAUGCCAUUGACUGCAAGAUGCUAAAAGAUUUGGAACUCUCCAUUUUAACUGAGAAGGAGGUCAAGGACUCCGAAAACGAGGUUAUGUUACGGCAAGCUCGGGAUGUGGAUGGAUUUUUCAGUGAGUACCCUAGUGUUCUUCGCUGCCUCACAAGGCUCCAUCUACAUAAUGUUCGCUUCGCCGAACGCGACAUGAAUCACCUCCUAUUUGAUUGUUGCAAGCAAUUGCUGCACCUUCGUCUGGACCACUGUGACACUAGGGACUUAUCUGUAUGGAAGAUCAAUGCGCCACAUUCGAAUCUCAGAGUUCUAGAAGUCUACUUGUCCUCAUUGAAAAGAGCUGAGGUGCUCUGCCUUCCAAAACUAGAGCGGGUCCGUUGGCAGGCUUGGUUGUUUCAUGAGGCCCCCUUGUGUUUUGGUUCUGUCCCGUCACUCAAGGAAUUGUAUCUCAAAUGUGAUGCAACUCUCUGUCACCAAGACUUUAGUUUAAGCCAGGUUCUAGAUGGUACCACAAACAUACACACUAUGACCUUAAACUUUCGAGGAGAAAAGGUAAUUUUAGCAGAUAUCUAUUAUAUUGUGUUUAUGCAUUAG